GGCUCUUUGUGGGACCGCGAGCUCCGGAGAGUGGGGCGCGCCGUCUGCAAACCGACGCUUCUGGCCGCGGGGCCGUCUCGGGAAGGCGGACCCGCGACGCCUGUACCCACGCUCCGCGCCCGUGUCAUCUUCACUCGGGACGCAGUGACCGUUUCUAAAUCACAAGGGCGUGGGUCAGCCUCCCCUAGGACUUCAUGUCUGUAUAUUUCUCCAUUCACUGCCCUGACUAUCUGCGAUCAGCCAAGAUGACUGAGGUGAUGAUGAAUACCCCAUCCAUGGAGGAGAUUGGCCUCAACCCCCGGAAAGACGGCCUUUCCUAUCAGAUCUUCCCUGACCCGUCAGACUUCGACCGCUGUUGCAAGCUGAAGGAUCGCCUCCCCUCCAUAGUGGUGGAACCCACAGAGGGGGAAGUGGAAAGCGGGGAGCUCCGGUGGCCUCCGGAGGAGUUCUUGGUGCAGGAGGAUGAACAGGACAACUGCGAAGAGACGGGGAAAGAAGGCAAGGAGCAGUAGAGCCCUGCGGGCGUUCCGAGGUCAUGCCAGCCAGCAUCUGGACCUGAACUGUGUUUUUCCCAUCAUGAUGGAAGAGGAGAGUGAGCCGCGAUCAUUCUGAAAAUGUCAAACGAGGCUUCCGUUCUGCACCUGCAAAUCACCCGAGUUGGUUUUCUUUUCUUUUCUCGUCUCUUUUGAAACGUGUUGAGCAGUGGAGCUCUCUGACAACUUGCAGAAUCUUCUGAGAAAGGAAGCUGCUGAGAGCCGGGGUGGGGGUAUGGGAAAGGCACUAGGGCAGAGAUCAGUAUCUGGGCUCCAGCAGCCAGAGGCGGGGGGCGGUCUGGUGGGCUGAGGGGGAUGGGCAGACAAGCAAGGAACUUUGGGGGCAGGAAGGAAAAAAACCUUAUGUGUUAAGAAAACAUUGAGCAGAAACCUGCAGCCAGCCAGGAAGUGUUCAGCACACAUUCUCUGGUUGCCAGAGCUUCAGAAACCAAUGCUUCAUCUCGUGCCUCAUCUCUGUCUCACCCAUCGCCAGCUUUUGCUUUUAUUUCGGGUGUGUUGGUCUAAGACAGAGAGGAAGGGACAGGGAAGCAGGAGAAACUGGAUGCUUGCAAAACUGGCUAGAGGGAUAUUCAAGAAAGGAAAGGAAAGGUCACCCUGUCCUUCCUACAGAUGCUGCCCCCAACAAGGGCAGGCUCAAGGGAACCCCAAAGACCUGAGGGUUUUAAGAAACAGUGCUUUUACACCCUUCUUCCAUUUGCCUCCAGCACUUUGUGAGUGACAGGGCACUUCCCGCCCUUGUUGGUUGAUGCUUGGGCAUGAAGGUUCCCUUUCUCUGACCCCCUCCCAGACUUGUUCUUAAGAGUCCCACAGAGCAGGGGUGUAUAGGGGUAGCUCCCCCGGGGAUGCCCUCCUGCAGUGGUCACCACUGCAGCCAGCCAGACAGGUCCACAGCCUGCUGUAGACCACAGCCCACCUGACCGGCAGUGGUGCCCCCGCCCUUUUGGUUCUUGGCUUGACUUUCCGGUGGGAGCUGAGAGAGAGCGUGCUUCUUGGUGGGGAGGUGCAUUCGCAUGCAGGUCCCUCAGGCUGGCACAGCCCAGGGUGAUGGAGCAGGUGUGAAGGGAUCCCCGCUUUUCCCUAUCUUGUCCCCAGAUGUGGGUGGGAGAAAGUGUGGGGAGGGAGCACUCUGGCCCACAACCCACCCCACCUUCCAGUUGUUUCUAACAUGGACAGCGGUUGCCUGCAAAAGUCAGCCUCUGGACUCUGCUUCAGUCAUGGCCCAGUCACAGCGACCUUCUGGAGCAGCAGGCUGCAUCUCUCUUUCAGAGCAGGACUGUGUGGCCAAGCAGUGGAAUUACAGCCUUCUUCGGGCCACACUCACCCAAGCAAGGCACAGUGCCCCUUGGGUCUCCAGUUAGCAUUGACCCUGGCCUUGGACUUGUGUGUCUAGUGGCGUUUAAUACCUCAAGGUCGGGUGGCUGUGGGGCGCGUCAGGGCAGGGGGGUGGGGAUGCGCUGCUGACCUGGAGACUUGGUCCUGGCUCCUGAGUCACCGCUGCCCCUGCUGCUCCCUCUGUCCUCUGCCUGUGUCACACACACCAAUGGCAAUAACUUCUUCUGGCUCCUCCUCCCAGGAGCGGGAGGGCCUGCAUUCUGUGCCUCGCAGGCCCCUCUCUUCCUCCUCCUCCUCCUCCUCCUCCUCCUUCUGUUCUGGCUGCAGAGGUCAGUUCACCCUGACGCCCCCUUCUCCCCAGCGUUUCUCAUCCCUGGCUUCCCUUCGUGGAUGUGGGUCUUGCCUCUUAAAUUCCUGUGCUUUGAUGUCUUCCUCCUACCCGCUACCCUGGAUCAUCUGUUGCAGUCUUGACAUGUGAUGGGAAUGUGCUUGUAAACCAUGUAUCAAGUCGAUUCUGUGUAUAUGUGUGUUCAUGGGGUUGGUUUAUUCCUUUUGCUGGUCACUAGACCACCGUGUACGACCAUCCAUGGUCUGAGCAGGCCGGGGGCUGACCGCUCAAGUCAGGCCCCUCCGCAGUUGAGGCUGUUGAGGGGACCCAGCUGCUCUCGGACAGUGGCUGAGCUCCUGUCUGGCCUCCUCUUUUUUUUUUUUUUUAAAGUAAUUUGUGUGUAUUUCUAACUAAUCGUAUUGAAAAAAAAAAUCCUAGUAUUUCAGUAAAAUGCCUGUUGUGAGAUGAACCUCUGUAACUCCUAUCUGUUCUUUUUUGAGGCUCAGGGAGAAACUAGCAUUUUUUUUUCCAAACUACUUUUUGUCACUGUGACAGUUGUAAAUAAAGUUUGAAAAUGCUUUCCA